AUGCAGCGCGAACACGACCAGGGAUACUCCCACGCUGUGGGUGGCUCUAAAGUCCCACAGAGUGCGCAAGAGAAAGUUCCUCGGAGGGUUGAAGAGUCAUUGCCCAACAAGAUACACGACACCGGUUCCGGGACUGGCCGCCAGACACACGCCCUCAAUGAUGGGGACGAUUCGAUCGUGCCCAAGGGCGUGCAGAAGGCUGUGCCUGAGAAGCUCGAGCGCACGUUGCCAAACAAAAUCCACAACACUGGGGACGAAUAG